AUGAUGCAAAUUGGGAAAAACUUGCCGCAUCCUAUUGCUGAAAAAAACACCAUUUCUCCAACUGGGCCUUGGCACAACGGUAUUUGCACUCAAUUGGUGGAAGAUAUAAGAGCCAACACUUGUCUGAAUGAAGGUAACGGAAUCAUGGUGACUCAAGUAGAGACUCACAAAAAAUAUUUCCUUGGGCUUACUGGAGAUAGCCUCAACUUGGCUGCGAUAAUCCUUAUCGUAAUGCCUGCUAUUAUCUCAUUUGGAUACAACCAGUCCUUACUAGGAGGAUUACUUGACUUUCCUGCUUUUGAGAAGCGGUUUCCUGAAAUUGCUGCUGAUUUAGCCACCGGUUCUGAGAAGAAACACAAGACGACCCUUCGAGGCACCGUCGUGGCCCUAUAUGCUGCUGGUGGUAUAAUUGGCUCCGUUUCGUGCGUGUGGCUCGGUGAUAUCAGAGGGCGUCGGUUCACGUUGUUUGUGGCAGCAAUUGUGCAGCUUAUAGGUGCGAUCAUAAUGACCACUUCAUACUCUUUCGCUCAACUCAUCGUCAGCAGAAUAAUCUUGGGUUUGGGAACUGGUGGUCUACUCGCUACGGUGACAGUGUGGCAGUCGGAAAUAAGUAACGCAAAGAGAAGAGGAUCUCAUGUGUCGUUCGUGGGGGUGUUUUUGGGAAUGGGGUUGUGUCUUUCGUUGUGGUUGGACUUUGGCUUCUUUUAUACUUCUGGCGAGGUUUCAUUUCGAGUUCCGUUUGUUUUUCAAGUCAUCUUCAGUUUCAUGGUUGCUGGGCUCAUUUAUAUGUUUCCUGAAUCUCCACGGUACUUGAUGAAAAAGGGGAGAGUAGAUGAAGCAGAACAAGUCAUGUUGGUGAUCGAAGACGGAAUGACAGAACCUGACGAAAUCCGCAAAGCCAUUCGAGACCAACAGACAUCUAUGGACUUGGCAGGCCAAGUAAAGUUCUGGGACUUUUGCAGAAUGGGGCCCCAGAGAACUCUCAAUAGAACUAUUCUCGCAGUGACUUGUUUGGCAGGUUUGCAACUCACCGGGGUCAAUGCCAUCACCUUCUACACAAGCACAAUCUUUGGUCGUUACCUUGGUUUGCAGCCACUGGUGGCCAAGCCAUUGGCAGCAGUCUACCAAAUGACAAGUAUAGUUGGUGGUUCUUUAGCAGCUUUCACCGUGGAGCGGUUUGGUAGAAAGACGUUGAUGAUAACAAGUGCAGCAGGAAACGCUAUUUGUAUGGCUUGCUUGGCGGCAUUACUUUCUUAUCCAGACAACAAAUCAGCGACGAAAGCAGCCACUUUUUUCGUCUACAUGUACCACUUUGUCUAUGUUAUCGGAUGGGGAGGGGUUCCCUUUUUAUACGCUUCGGAAAUUGCACCUUUAGCUCACAGGGCUGCUAUCAAUGGUUUGGCAGUGGGCGCAUUUUGGGCUUUCAACUUUAUGAUUGGAGAAGUUUCUCCCGACGCCUACGAAGGAAUUGGCGUCAAGUAUAUGAUUGUGUGGGCAUGUACCAACUUUGUGCUUGCUAUCGUUGUGUACUUCUUCUUUCCUGAGACUUCAGGUCGAAGUUUGGAGGAGAUUGACGAGAUCUUUGCAAUGGCUGACGGAUGGUUGGACGCUGUAAGAAUUGCAAAAAGAGUGCCCCAUAGGCACUCAUUUGAGGAGGCAGAAGAUUCCGAAAAGGUCAGUGGAUACUCACUUGGAUAUGAAAACAUGAAGGAUAGGUUUGACAAACCAAUAAUUGCCCACGAGGAGAAUGCAAAGUAG